GUGCCGAUCUGUGUUCCCUCCCCGCAGAGGUUGGUUUGACGGCGACCAAGAAAGGAACACUGUGUGUAGCAGCAGUGAAAAAAAGAACCUCAAAACAAUCGCAUUUUUAUCUCCUGCCUGCCUGCCCCUUGACGACUAGGAAGACAAAAUAACAUACCGUUGCGCGACGUGAAAGCGUAAAGUGUGUGGGCGCUGAAUCAACAAAGUUGGGGUCAAAAUGUUCAGGAUCAUUUCCCGACAGUACCACAGUACCCGAGGAGUGUUCGGUUUUACACCUAAAGUACGACAGGAAUUUAAGUUGAAACAACACAUCGUUGAAGCUAGAACACGAAACAGCAACGUUCAUCGGUGGGUUGAAGCCUACCGGAAUUAUGCUCACCGAAAGGCCGCGGUCAAUCCAAUGCUAUUCACCCAACCUAUUGAAGAUCCACCAGUAUUGAAUUAUGCACGCUACGGAUUGUCCGGCAACGAAACAGUUGAUCCCGCUGGUAUAGUUCAAACUAACAUCUCAUCGACCGUGUCCACUGCACAGCUCCAAGAACUGCUGGAAAAAAUUUACUGCGGUGCAACUAGUAUAGAACUGGCGUACAUCGAAAACGAACACGAACGAGAAUGGCUGAUAGAGGAAUACGAGCGACUAUUUCAAGAUGAUUUGAAGACGCAAGACCGGAGAGAAAUUGCGGAAUUGCUGCUCAAGUCACAGGCAUUCGAUAAUUUCUUAGCCGUCAAGUUUCCCACCGUCAAACGGUAUGGCGGCGAAGGUGCGGAGAGCAUAAUGGCAUUUUACCGCCAACUGUUUAUCUGUGCAGCCGACGCCGAUAUCAAAAACGUCGUAGUAGGCAUGCCUCAUCGAGGUAAGCUAAAUGUGCUAACCACGCUGUUCCAAACGAGGCCGGCGAAAAUUUUCCGCAAAUUCAAGGGUUUGCCCGAGUUUCCUGCCGAUGCAAAGGCCAUGUGUGAUAUUGCAAGUCACUUCCAUACCUCACAGGACCUAUCAGUCCGUGAUAAAACCAUUCACUUGAACAUGCUUCAUAACCCGUCCCACCUGGAAGCGGUCAAUCCCGUUUGCAUGGGUAAAACACGGGCGAAACAGCUCUCACAGCAGGAUGGACCGUAUGCCAAUGACGGCGCUCAAAUCUCUAAGAUACUAAACGUUCAACUGCACGGUGAUGGGGCGUUCGCUGGUCAGGGAGUUAACCAAGAAUGCCUGAUGAUGGCCUCUGUGCCGCACUUCGACGUCGGUGGAUCGAUUCACAUGAUCGUGAACAAUCAAGUCGGUUUCACUACACCAGGAGACCGUGGCCGUGGAACGCCCUAUUCAUCCGAUCUGGCCAAAAGCAUAAUGGCACCUGUGAUCCACGUUAAUGGCGAUGACCCGGAAGCGCUGUCCAAGGUAACUCAGCUGGCGUUUAAUUACCAGCAAAUUUUCGGGAAGGACAUUUUCAUCGAUCUCAACUGCUUCCGACGGUGGGGUCACAACGAAAUGGAUGAUCCAACUUUCACAAAUCCCCUGCUUUACAAAAUAAUUCACAACCGUAAGUCAGUUCCGGACCUGUACGCAGCCAAGUUGUUAGCAACUGGUGAACUGGAACAGGCUGAUGUUAAGACCAUAGUUAAAAACCACACGGACUUCCUCAAUUCGGAGCUGCAAAAUCUUAACGAAUACCAACCGGAGAAGGGCUACUUCGAACAGCAGUGGAGCGGAAUGCAACAAGCUGGAAGUGAGAUCACCACUUGGGACACUGGUGUAGACUAUAGUCUACUGCAUCUAAUCGCCCGAACGAGUGUGGAAUACCCGUCAGAUUUCGCCCUGCACUCGCACUUGAAAAAACACCACGUGGAAGCACGCUUGAAAAGGAUCGCCGAAGGAACGCGGCUGGAUUGGGCCACAGCAGAAACAAUGGCAAUUGGAAGCUUAAUGUAUCAGGGUUUCAAUGUUCGUAUCAGCGGCGAAGACGUUGGCCGGGGAACUUUCUCCCAACGACAUGCGAUGUUCGUCGAUCAGAAUACGAACGAAAUUUACAUUCCGCUAAACAGUUUGGAGGGAGGUUCCGGAGGAAAGCUAGAGAUCGCCAACAGUAUACUGUCCGAGGAAGCAGUGCUGGGAUUCGAGUACGGCAUGGCAAUCGACAACCCGAACAAUAUGAUCAUUUGGGAGGCUCAAUUUGGGGAUUUCUUUAACGGGGCCCAAAUCAUGAUCGAUACAUUCUUGGUUAGCGGUGAAACAAAGUGGAUGGUCUGCAACGGAUUGGUCAUGCUGCUGCCGCAUGGCUUCGAUGGGGCUGCAUCUGAACAUAGCUCCUGUCGUAUGGAACGGUUCCUUCAGCUGACCGAUUCAAAGGAAUCCACUCCGGAUGGCGAGGACGUUAAUUUUCAAAUCAUCUACCCUUCGACACCAGCCCAGUAUUUCCAUGCGUUACGUCGUCAGAUGAUUCGUAACUUUCGCAAGCCAUUGGUUGUAAUAGCACCUAAGACGUUACUACGCCUAUCGGAGUGCGUUUCGACGCAUGCUGAAAUAGCCCCGGGAACGCACUUCCAAGCGGUUAUUGGAGAUCACGAAGUUACCGAUCCGAAACGCGUGAAACGCGUUAUUCUCUGCACCGGCAAACAUUACUAUAAUUUACACAGUGAACGCUUGGCGUCCAAAAACAAGGAUGUAGCGAUCAUACGUGUGGAAUCACUUUGUCCGUUCCCGGUCCAGAGCAUUCGCGACGAGCUGGACAAGUACGGAAAUGCGCGCGAAGUUAUCUGGAGUCAGGAGGAACACCGUAAUAUGGGCGCUUGGAGUUUCGUUCACCCCAGAUUCGAGAACAUGUGUGGAAAGAGGAUUGACUAUCGUGGCCGUUACGAGGGAGCUACCGUCGCUGUAGGUGUUAGCACAUGGCACGCGAAGGAAGCCGAAGAAGUAAUCAAAUCUGCCUUCAUCUAAUGGUAACAAUAAACGAACAAAAAUAUAACAAAAA